CCUAAAUGAAUUUGACGCUAAAUCCGACAGUCAGCAUCAGCUGGUUUACUGAUGUCCUGACUGUCGCACAGUCAACUUCAGGACCGCCUUUUAUUUAUUUAUUUAUUUAAUUAAUUUAUUUAAUAAGAUAAGAUGGAUUUCUCUAAACUGCCUAAAAUCCGUGAUGAGGAGCGUGAGAGUCAGUUCGGUUACGUCCAUGGCGUCUCCGGUCCCGUGGUGACGGCGUCCAGCAUGGCCGGGGCUGCGAUGUACGAGCUGGUGCGAGUCGGUCACAGUGAGCUGGUGGGAGAAAUUAUCCGACUGGAGGGAGACAUGGCCACUAUUCAAGUGUAUGAGGAAACCUCCGGUGUGUGUGUAGGAGACCCUGUGCUGCGGACUGGGAAACCCCUGUCGGUGGAACUCGGGCCGGGAAUCAUGGGUUCGAUCUUCGACGGGAUUCAGCGACCGCUAAAGGACAUCAACCAACUGACAAAGAGCAUUUACAUUCCCCGAGGAGUGAACAUCGGAGCGCUGAACCGCCAGAUCAAGUGGGAGUUCUCUCCAUCACAGAGCCUCAGGGUGGGCAGUCACAUUACUGGAGGUGACAUUUACGGUGUCGUGAUUGAAAACUCGCUCAUUAAACACAAGGUCAUGUUACCACCACGUAGCCGAGGAACAGUGAGCUACAUCGCUCCACCCGGACACUACAGUGUAUCUGACGUGGUGUUAGAGUUGGAGUUUGAAGGUGUGAAGGAGAAGUUCAGCAUGGUGCAGGUGUGGCCCGUGCGUCAGCUUCGACCCGUUAACGAGAAACUCCCUUCCAAUCAUCCGUUACUAACGGGCCAGAGAGUCCUGGACGCACUGUUCCCGUCUGUACAGGGUGGCACCACGGCGAUCCCCGGAGCGUUUGGUUGUGGGAAGACGGUCAUCUCUCAGUCUCUGUCCAAAUACUCCAACAGUGAUGUCAUCGUCUACGUGGGCUGUGGAGAGCGCGGCAACGAGAUGUCUGAAGUGCUGAGGGAUUUCCCUAAGUUGACGAUGGAGGUGGAUGGGAAGGUGGAGAGCAUUAUGAAGAGGACGGUGUUGGUGGCGAACACGUCUAACAUGCCAGUGGCAGCACGAGAGGCAUCUAUUUACACCGGCAUCACUCUGUCUGAGUAUUUCAGAGACAUGGGCUACAAUGUGAGCAUGAUGGCUGACUCCACCUCCCGAUGGGCGGAGGCUCUCAGAGAAAUCUCCGGCCGAUUGGCUGAAAUGCCGGCUGACAGCGGGUAUCCUGCGUACCUCGGUGCACGUUUAGCGUCAUUUUACGAGCGAGCUGGUCGCGUGAUAUGUCUCGGAAACCCUGAGAGAGAGGGCAGUGUGAGCAUCGUCGGAGCUGUGUCGCCCCCUGGUGGUGAUUUUUCAGAUCCUGUGACAUCAGCGACUCUGGGAAUCGUGCAAGUGUUUUGGGGUCUGGAUAAGAAGUUGGCUCAGAGGAAACACUUCCCGUCAGUGAACUGGUUGAUCAGUUAUAGUAAAUACACGCGUGCGCUGGAUGAGUAUUACGAUAAACACUUCCCUGAGUUCGUCCCUCUGCGCACUAAAGCUAAAGAAAUCCUUCAGGAGGAGGAGGACCUCGCUGAGAUCGUCCAGCUCGUCGGCAAGGCGUCUCUGGCGGAAACGGACAAAAUCACUCUAGAAGUGGCCAAGCUCCUCAAAGACGACUUCCUGCAGCAGAACGGAUACACAAUAUACGACAGGUUCUGUCCGUUCUAUAAGACAGUAGGAAUUCUGUCUAACAUGAUAACGUUCUAUGACCUGGCGCGUCACGCGGUGGAGACGACGGCUCAGAGCGAUAAUAAAGUCACGUGGGCGAUGAUCCGAGAGCACAUGGGGGAAAUUCUGUACCGGAUCAGCUCCAUGAAGUUCAAGGACCCAGUAAAGGAAGGAGAGAGGAAGAUUAAAGCUGAUUACGCUCAGCUAAUGGAGGACAUGCAGAACGCCUUCCGCUCACUGGAGGACUAGAGUGUGAUGUUUGUGACCUUUGACUUUUAACCUCCCAUGUGCUGUGCAAAGACUGUACUCUGUGUGUGUGUGUGUGACAAUAAUUGUACUGUACCAUUUCUGUUUACCAAAAUUUCCGCUGUGUGUGUGACUGAGGAACACAGAAGGGAGGGGCACUAAUUAAGCCCCGCCCCUUCUCUAUUCCGUGACCAGUAGCAGCGUUGUUAAUGGAGUGGCGGGACGGCUCGACUUUCUAUUUAUUUAUUUAUUUAUUUAUUUCCAGUACAGACCUCAGUGUGUGACGUGCUGUUCAUUAAUGUGUGUUUAUACAAAUAUUCAGGUGUGUGUGCGUGUGUGUGUGUGUCUACACAGUGUUGCUGUGACAGUGUGUGUCCUGUAUCUGUCAUCUGGAGCAGAAAAUAUUAAAUGAAGACUGGAGAUGUGUGUGUUUAUUUUCUCUGCACCUUCACACACUCAUGUGAUGCUGUUAAUACACACCUCAGAGGGCUUAGGGGAAGUGAACAAGGGCGCAUUGUGGACUACACUGAAACACAACAUCUCAUUAACAAGUUACGGCUACACACACACACACACACACACACAC